AUGAGAACCUCUAUAGAAUACACCGAUGAGUGGAAACCUUUCCUCCUCAAGUGCUUCAGUGGCGUCCACGACAUCUGGGGAUCCUUCUAUCAACCCUCCAGUAGCCCUGAACAUGAGAGGUACAUUUGCAUCGGCUAUCUUGUGUUUGGCUGGGAGAAGGGUCACUUUUCCCGGGCUAUGCGCACUCAAAUGGAGCAACAAGAACAAAGCGGGGCUUCCAUACAAGCCAUGGAGACUUUGCUCAACGUGGCCAGUGUGUUUGACGGCGCAGAGCAACCAGAGCAGAACCUCAUACCCAUGCAAAUAGCGUGCGACUAUGACGCAACUUAA